AUGAAAUUCACCCAAGCGGAUUGGGAACAGCAUGUUGCGAACAAUCACGUGCCGUACCGCCGUGAUUGUGCAGUUUGCGUGCACGGUGCCGGAAACGGCCGCCGCCACCACGGUGUAGUUCACCCGGAUGUGUAUUGCAUGUCAGCCGACAUUGCGGGGCCCAUCCCUGUGAAGGGCAAAGACCCAGAAAGCCGCAACCACCGACCAGCCACGUUCAAGUACUUCCUCGCUGUGUCGUACCGCUUCCCACGGCUCAAAGGAGUGAAGGAGGAGUCAGACCCCAGCCAAACCGAGGGGUUUGAUGAUGCAGCACUCCUCCCGGGAGGGACGGAUGACCUUGCAGAUGGGGCCUUUCCCGCAGCAGAAGGCCCCCCGCACGAGGAUUACGAGGACUCCCUGUACGAGCCAAGUUUAGCGGAAGAAGAGGACGAGGCGGAAGGUGAAGGAGUUGAAGGGCCGAGGGAGUUUGCAGCCAAAGUUGCCGAGGAGCAUCCCUGGGAGUCAGCCAGGUGUGAACUCGAAACACCGCCUGACAUGGCGAGGGUUCGCGGCAAGCGGUCUGCUGGUGUGAGACUUGACGACGUCUUUGCACUUGACCCGCCGCCUCCCUUGCCGCCGCCAGCAGAAGCUCCACACCCGGAAGGGCCUGUGUCACCGGUUGAGGAGGAGUCUGCCCGUGUAGCGCGCUUGAGUCUGCAAGACCUUGAAGGUUUAGCUACGGAGCUUAUCGAGGACGACUGGGACCUUGAUGAAGCGUUGUGGGUGUUAGCCGAAGUGUGCAGAGCAGCGCCCCAGCUGCAACACAAAGCUGGGUUGUACCGUCACGGAGGUACUGUAGAGCUGGAGGUGUCGUGGAACCUGAAACACUCGCCGGACCAAAGGCGAACCCAGUCUGAGCACGCCCUGCUGGCUUGCCAACCAGACACCGAGACACAGGUUGAGGAGGAGGAGGGCUUAAGCGAAGACUCCUUGCCGGAACAACCAGUGCUGUGGGAGUUGUGGGUUCCACACCCGCAGACAGGUGAGCAGCUGUGUGUUCUCAGGUCUGACGACUCGGACGCGAGUGAAGCUUGUGCCCUUUGCAAGUCUGAGCCGGUUUACACUACCAACGUAGAGCUGUUGCUUGACGGGUUGCAAGAACCACUGCAGGUAGUCCACACUGUAGACCCUCGGGAUGCAGAGCAAUGCAUCGAGAGGUGGAUGCCGUCCAUUCACAAGGAGAUCGGUGUCAUUGAGAUGGCUGUGCGGCGACUGCCCCCUGCAGAGGUCCGUUCCGGAGGUUGGCUAAAGCGCAAGGAAGUGAAGGUGGUUCCGUCUAAGUUUGUGUUCACAGUCAAGCCACCAGACCCUGCUGAAGCCUCCCUCGCUACCCGGAAGGGUCAGGCUUACCACAAGCGCAAGGCUCGCCUGGUUGCUUGUGGCAACCACGCCUACAGUGAAACUCAAGCUGUGGGCACCGGAACCGUGGCGCAGCAAGACCUGCAGCUGAGUGCCUUCGCUGUCCUGCUCGCCUUCUUUCAGGUCGUAGGUGCUGCCAGCCAGACAACGGACGAGGAAGAAGACUUGUCUCUCCCCGUGUCGCUUGAUGCAGAUUUGAUGUUGGCAGUAUCCAUCAUCUGCAUUGGUAUCUGCUUCAUUGCAGUGUGGGAGUUCUUCAAGUGGUGCCUUCAAGGCAUCAUCUCCCGCCGAGAGGCAGGGACACCCGUGUUGUCUCUGAGCCCCCGCAAGGCGCGCAAGUUACAGCGCCUUCGAGAUCAAACUGCGCAGGCCAUCCAGGCCGAGAUCUCUGCACGUGAGGAGGCAGCCAGCUCGCAGUCUGUUGCUGCAGCGCCCAGACGCCGCCCCUCACAAACAACUCGCACGCGUGAGCAGGCAGGUGGAGCACCAACGCGUUACUUUGCAACACCCGACGGGACCAAGCUCCACCGCACUAAGGCCUGUUCCACGCUCGCCCACUCGCACAGGUUUGUUGAGUUUCAAGUGUGCCAGCAGUGCCACGGGAGCGCUGCAGACCACACCCAGCACAGCACAGGGUAG